AUGGCCAAACAAACUACUUCUCUCCUUGAGUACAUUCAUGCCAUCAAGGAAUCCCCUCGGGCCAUCUACAAUCGCCAUCUAUUCUUGGCUGUUUGCUCCUUUGCCCUGGGUGGGUGUGCCAAAGGAUGGAACGAAGGAUCCGUCGCGGCAAUUUCACAGCUGCCUUCCUUUCAUAAAAAAUACCAUCUCGAUGACAGCACCAUCUCCAACAUUGUCUCUCUCGUCAAUCUCGGAACAGGGAUUGGGGCGCUUCUCUCUUUCCUGCUGAAUGGUCGCAUCGGUCGUAUCUGGUCGAUGCGGAUCUACCAACUGCUUUACAUUGCUGGGUCUUUGAUCUCCUGCUUUUCCUCCGGCAACGCAGCUGCUCUUUAUGUUGGCCGCAUUGUUGCGGGCCUAGGUAUCGGGGCAUUGUUCGUCGUUUGUCCCAUGGCCAUUGCAGAGAUCGCUCCCAAGACCACACGCGGCUUGAUGACGCUGUGGUUUAAUACCCUUGCCCCCGCUAUCAGCAUUGGUCUUUCUUUUUUUAUUGCCGACUCCCUGCGCUGGCUGCUGAUGGACCACCAGCAUCAACGGUCUCUGGCAGCUCUAACACCUCUCCGUGGGCUUCCUUCGGAUGAUGAAUACGUGGCAGUCGAGUUCAAUGGCAUGGUCUCUCAAAUUGAGGACCGAGGUUCCGGGCUGGGCAAUGUCAGCUCGCUGCAAGUGAUCAGGGAGACGUUCUUGCUCCGUCCCAAUCUGACCCUGGUAUCCUACAUUCUCGCUCAGAUGUCCGGCGCCAACGCCAUCACCAACUACCUUCCAACGAUCUUUGGACUGGUUGGGAUCGAGGGAUCCCACGCCAAGAUAUACUCGACGGGAUUCUACAGCCUGACCAAGCUCAUCUGCUGCAUCAUUGCGUCGCUCGUGCUGGUGGACGUGAUCGGCCGCCGCAAGUCUCUGCUGAUUGGGGUCUCCAUCCAGAUCGUCUCCCACUCGUAUUUGGCUGGCUACCUGGGCUUCUAUCUCAAGGACCCAGACUCCGUGGGCAAGGGAGCGUCCGAUGGAGCCAUUGCUAUGAUUUUUACCCAUGCUCUGGGUUGGGCGAUCGGCCUCUACAGCUUGCCGUAUCUUUUUGGGGCCGAGCUAUGGCCCACUCGCAUCCGUUCUUUCGGCGGUGCAUUGUCCCAGUGCUUUCACUGGCUUUUCUAUUUUACCAUUACCAAGGCGACUCCCUCCAUGAUACAUAAUCUACAUCAAUGGGGAGCCUUUGUCUUGUUCGCGGGAUUCUGUGUGGUUGCUAUCGUUUACACUUACUUUAUGGUCCCAGAGGCCUCCGGUCUGAGUCUCGAGGAAACCAACCAGGUUUUCGAGCGCCCCUUUUAUCGUCUGUGCCAGCCGUUGGAGCCUCAGCAAGCUUCUCAACAGGAGGGAUCGGAAGCGGGACCAGAGAGAAAAAGAGACGUUGCAUGGAUUGAAAAGGUGUGA